UUUCGGGAGAAGGUCUACGAAGAGAAAGGGAAUGAGGAGGACCAUUUGGCAGAGUUGAACUUGUUGGAGGAAAGGCGGAUGGUUGCUGAGGCUAAAAUGAUAGAGUACCAGCAAGCGGCCAAGGCCUACCAUGAUAACAAGGUAGGGCCUCGUUAUUUCCAAGUCGGUGAUGAGGUCUUGAGACGAAGGGAGGCCAGCAUACCGGGUGAUGGUGGAAAGCUUGCAAAGAAAUGGGAAGGUCCAUAUAGGGUCACAACAAUAUUACGCCCUGGGACAUACAAGUUAGAAACAAUGGAAGGUCGGGAGUUGGAAAG